AUGGGUCCACCAACUUCAUCCUCUUGCGCCAGAACCUCAUCACGCAGGGGGUGCCAAGUGUACAACCGGGCCAGCCUCGUACUCGACUUUGUAGCAAAUGGAUCCGAGGUAGCAGAUGUCCUCGCACCUCUCAAGGGAGCAUGUCGAGUAACGAAAUUAAUUCUGGAUCUCCUCCAAGCCGUGGAUGACAACCAAGAAGAUUGGAUAGAACUAGGGUUACGUUUGGAGGCGCACAUGUUGUCUAUUGAGAAUCAGAUCGGCUUGUUUGAAACAUACCCACCCAAACAAAGGGCCGUCGACGAUGCCUUCAGCCGACCACUCAUUCAUUAUGUGGAAUCCCUCGAGGAUCUCUAUCAGACAGUGGGCCAUUAUCAACGACGAAGUUUCACUACUGCGGCACAAAACACCAAAUUUGAUGCAGGGAUGAUCCGUAAAUUCGCUCGCGAUAUCGAGGACCUCCACAGGCGAUUCAUGGAUGCAUUGGCUCUUUUUACCGGAUACCGUGCUCAAGUCAUUGAACAAAAUACUGAGGUUAUCAUGGCUAACUUGGAGGCUACCAAAUCCAUUGCGGAGAAUACCAGGGCAAAUAUGCAGGCUACCAGGAUGAGUGCGGAGGCUACCAAAUCCAUCGUAAAAACAACUCUGAUAGAUGCCGACUGUUCUGCUAUACUCCAGUUACCAAUGGUAACAUUUGUUGCGGAGUCGGUCCACAAUACUUGUCUGCAAGGAACACGAGAGGCUGUCCUUCAGACAAUCCGGCACUGGGUAGAGGAUGAUAUCUCGCGGAAGCCGAUAUUUUGGCUCUGUGACAUAGCGGGUUCCGGCAAAUCCACAGUUGCAAUGUCUAUAGUGGAACAGUGGAGGAAGGAGGGGAUCCUGGGGGGUCAGUUCUUCUUCUCCCUGGAUAGCAACGAAGCCUCUACGACGGACAAGUUUUGCUCGACCUUAGCCAAGGAACUGGCACAGCACAUGCGCGAACUCACCCCGUACAUUGCGCAAGCCUUGAAGCAAAACCCUGCCAUCAUGCGAAAUUCGUUGCAUGACCAGCUCCGAAACCUACUCACCGGCCCGCUACGCCAUCGACAAGCGAAAGUGGUUUUUGUCAUCGACGCCGUCGACGAAUGUAAAUCAGAAGUGCAACGUAGCAACCUUCUCGACGCUCUUGCUCAGGCUGCGCGAGAAACAAAGAACCUCAAAAUAUUCAUAACUAGUCGACCGGACUUGGCCAUAGAUGCAGUUUUAGGGCCCCUUUCAAUCAAAGCAGAGUUGAAGGAUCGCCUCCACGACGUCAAUCAUCAAGAUAACAUUGACGACAUUGCGAAAUACAUAACCCAUUCGCUACAUACGGUACUAUCCUCAGACAAGAUAGACCGAUUGGUUAAAAAGGCCAGCGGAUUAUUCAUCUGGGCAAGCACUGCAUGUCGAAUGUUCAAAACCAGUUCGAGGUCUCCUGAGAGUAUAUACAACCGUUUGGUCUCGAUGCAAGGCGGGGUGAUCGACGAUCUGUACACUUUCAUCCUCGAACACACAAACCCCGAUGACCGCGCGGUCAAUUGUAUGAUGCUUGCUCUGUUGCUUGCCGCAUAUGAACCGCUCACCACGAAUGAUCUGGACAACCUCGCCAUGCACGCUAAAGUCGAUGGAAGUGCUAAAGCGCUUGUACGGAACCUUGGCACUGUACUUACCGAGAAUCAGACAACCAAACUGAUUCAAUUUCGCCAUCCAACCUUUGUAGAGUACCUUCGACGCUGCUCUGACGCUCCAUCUGUCGAGGGCAGUCACAAAAUACAUAUCGACAUCACCAGCGCACAUGGUCAUGCUGCAUCCUGGUGCCUGAAGAACUUGAAGUCGCGGACUGAAGGUCUCAAGUUCAACAUUUGUCGGAUCGAGUCAUCCUUCUACCUAAAUAGACAGGUUCCGGACCUCGACGCCAAAGUCUCAAAGUUCAUCCCAAGAAGGCUCCAAUAUGCUAGUUCGCACUGGUUUUCACAUGCUGCAGACACUGACGAAGACUGGAGACGCACACUCAAGAACGAUCUUCAAUAUAUUCUUCGAAUUCCAUACCCAUUAUACUGGAUGGAGAUCCUGAGCUUCACCGGAAGAGUUUCACGGGCAAUAGCCGGUCUUCGAGCUCUUAUGGCCCAAACAGGGUUGGAAGAGGCAACUAGAAAGUCUAUCAUGGAGAUGCUGCGAUUUAUGAUGGCGUUUUUAGUGCCGAUCCAGGACAGCGCUCCACACAUCUACAUUUCUGCGCUUCCCUUCACUCCUACAAAGUCAAAAUUAUAUCAAGAGGGUUUACAGAGGUAUAUAAAUACCUUCAAAGUGGUUCGAGGGCUCGAAGAGAUAUACCCCAAUCUGCCGAGAACCCUUCGAGGUCACGGAAAGGCCGUCAACGUUGUCGCAUUCUCACCUGAUGGCUUACAAAUUGCCUCUGGCUCAGAUGAUAAGAAAGUUCGCCUAUGGGAUGUAGGCACUGGUCAAUCGUUGGGAGAGCCGAUUCGAGGUCACGACGACUCCGUCCAGGCCGUCGCAUUCUCACCAGACGGCUCACGCAUUAUCUCAGGCUCACAUGACCAGACUGUUCGACUAUGGAACGCAGAUACUGGUCGAUCAAUGGGAACAUCCCUUUGUGGUCAUGCAUCCUCGGUCAUCGCCGUCGGAUUCUCACCAGACGGCUCACGAAUUGUCUCUUUUUCAAAAGAUUUGACGAUUCGAUUCUGGGAUGCAACCACUGGUCGUCCGUUAGGGAAGUCAUUUCUAACUCGGGAAGAGUCGGUCAAUGCCAUUGCAUUCUCACUGGAUGGCUCACGAAUUGCAUUUGGCUCAAAAGACAAUACAAUUCGCCUGUUGGAUACAAACACCGGCGCACCGUUCGGGGAGCCACUUCUAGGGCACAAAGCCCGAAUCUGUGCCAUCGCAUUCUCUCCAGAUGGCUCACAGAUUGUGUCUGGCUCGGACGACAGAACGAUUCGAUUAUGGGAUACAAGUACAUGCGAGCCGUUGGGAGACCCACUGAAAGGACACAAAGAUUCAAUUUGUACCCUUGCAUUCUCACCAGAUGGCGAGCGAAUAGUCUCUGGUUCAAGGGACGCGACCAUUCGAUUAUGGAACGCAGGCACCAAUGAACCUUUGGGAGAGCCACUUCUAGGCCACGAAGACGCGGUCUUGGCCGUCCUGUUUUCUCCAGAUGGCUCUCGGAUCGCUUCUGGCUCAAAAGACGAGAUAAUUCGACUAUGGGAUGCAGGUACUGGUGAGCCGUUGGGUGAGCCACCUCGAGGCCACGAAGGGUGGGUCUGGGUCGUCGCCUUUUCACCAGACGGCUUGCGAAUUGUCUCUGGUUCAGACGAUAAGACGAUUCGACUUUGGAACGCAGGCACCGGUGAGCCGUGGGGAGAGCCACUUCGAGGCCAUGAAAAGUCGGUCUCGACCGUCGCAUUCUCGCCAGAUGGCUCACGAAUUGCCUCUGGCUCACAGGACAUGACAAUUCGACUAUGGAACGCCGACACUGGUGAAUCCUUAGGAGAGCCACUUCGAGGUCACCAUGGCGCCGUCGGAGCUGUUUCAUUCUCGCCAGAAGGCACCCGCAUCGUCUCCAGCUCGUAUGACGGGACGAUUCGACUAUGGAACGCAGAGACCGGGCAACCCUUGGGAGAGCCACUUCAAGGCCAUGAAAAUUCCAUUGAGGCAGUCGCAUUCUCGCCAGACGGUUCGAGAAUUGUCUCUGGCUCAGAAGACGGUACAAUUCGACUAUGGGACGUGGAAACUGGUCACCCGUUGGGAGAGCCACUUCAGGGUCACGAAGGCCCUAUCUUGGCGGUGGGGAUCUCACCAGAUGGUUCACGAAUCGUAUCUGGCUCACAGAACACGACAAUUCGAUUAUGGGAUGUGGAAAUUGGUCUCCCAUUAGGAGAGCCACUUCGAGGUCAUGAAUCUUCGGUCUUGGCCGUCUCAUUCUCACCAGAUAGCUCCCGAAUCGUCUCCGGUUCCUUAGAUGGAACGAUUCGACUAUGGGACGCAAAAACCGGACAACCGUUGGGAGGGCCACUUCGAGGUCACGAAGGUUCAGUCUUGACUGUCGGAUUCUCGCCAGACGGUUCGCGAAUUGUGUCUGGUUCAAAGGAUAAGACAAUUAGAUUGUGGACUCCGGAGGCUGAAGCAAAUCAAUUCCCAUUGGAUUAUGCAGAGCCUUCUGGUCUCAUGGACGGUUUAACAAAUACUUCCGUGAGAAUAUCUGCACCUGGUUUCGAUCAGUGCUUACUUUCGCACGAUGGCUGGGUGCAAUCGUCCGGCAAGCUACUCUUCUGGGUACCACCGAACAAUCGACACGGACUACUUCGUCCUCGGCUUCUUCUUACUAUGCCAACGACGAGUCCCUCACGUGCAACCAAACUCGAUUUCACCCAUUUUCGAUGUGGCCUAUCUUGGACCGAGGUUCGAACCAACGCCAAUCAGUAA